AUGGCCGCACCUCAGGUUCACCAUCUAUUCCACUCCCCAAUUGCAGACCACUCGUUUUCGUCCGAUAAGCAGACGCUUGCUGUUGCUCGGGAGAACAAUGUGGAGCUAUACCGCCCGUCAGGCAACAAGUUCUCGCUCAGUGAUGAACUAAAGGGCCACGAGAAGACGGUUACUGGGGUUGAUAUUGCCCCCAACAGUGGCCGCAUUGUGACCUGCUCUCAAGACCGUAACGCAUACGUGUGGGAGCAGUCCCCUUCUGGCUGGAAGCCUACGCUGGUUUUGCUGCGAAUCAACCGUGCAGCAACCUUUGUGCGAUGGUCUCCCUCGGAGCAGAAGUUUGCCGUCGGGUCCGGAGCCCGUGUGAUCGCAGUCUGCUACUUUGAAGAAGAGAACGACUGGUGGAUCUCGAAACACUUGAAGAAACCAAUCCGGAGCACCAUCACAACACUUGCAUGGCAUCCCAAUUCCGUGCUCCUGGCCGCUGGCUCCACCGACUCCCAUGCGAGGGUCUUCUCGAGCUUCAUCAAGGGCAUCGAUACCCGCCCGGAACCCAGUGCAUGGGGAGAGCGUCUGCCCUUCAACACUAUUUGCGGAGAAUUCCUGAACGACUCAGCAGGCUGGAUCCAGGGGGUUUCUUUCUCCCCAAGUGGCAAUGCUCUGGCGUUUACGGGUCACGACAGCAGUGUCACGGUGGUGUACCCGAGUGCGCCGGAGCAGCCUCCACGGGCCAUGUUGAACAUCUCCACCCGCCUGCUGCCGCUCAACAGUCUCAUCUGGAACGGUGAGAAUGAAAUCAUUGCGGCUGGUCAUGACUGUGAACCGUUCCGCUUCCGUGGUGACGAGAACGGAUGGCAACUUGCCGGCUCGCUGGAGAAUAAGUCCGGGGCUGGAGCAGGUCCUCGGGAAGAGUCUGCCCUGAACAUGUUUCGACAGAUGGAUCUCAAGGGCCAAACCCAGGCGGAUACUAAGCUUCAAUCGACCCACCAAAAUACCGUCAACACCGUGCGGGUCUACGGGGAGGCCAACGGGCUUGCGCGCUCUUUCAGCACCAGCGGAGUUGAUGGUCGUGUGGUGGUCUGGUCUACCUGA